AUGAUUCUAACAAUUAAGAGACCAGGCCAAGAUUCUGACGUGCCCAAGGUUCCAAGCUCGCGCCCAAGAAGGUCGGAAUCCUCUGGUUUGCCCAAAUUAGAAAUUCCAGCGGUGCCUUCCACGAGGCCAAAGCCAAAGGACGAUGGAAGUACAAAAAGCAGUGAAGGUUCUGUUGAGGCUGACGCACCGCCAGUACCAGCUGUUCCAGCGACAAGGCCUCGAAAAGCUGCCACUGUGGACAACAUUGCAGCCAAUUCCACCGUGGAACCUCCUCCCAAAACGCCAACGUACCAAAAUGUUUUGGAUAUAUACGCUCAGACUCCAGAGCAAACGAAGGAAGGGGAAAGGGAGAGCGUUCCGAAAAACGAGGAGAUUGACAGCGUUGGCAAAGAUGUUCGAUCGCUCGAAGCAGCGAAUGAAACUGGUUGUCCAGAGCCAAUUUCGUCAGUUCCUGCACAAGCAAAUGAGACCGCUAAAGAAAUAACGGUGGAGGAGAAUAGGGACCAGACUUCUGGUAUUGCAGAAACUGUUGGAAAUGAUUCAGAUGAGGCUAAGGGCGAGCAAUCGCCAGAACAAGAAUCCCCUGUCAUAAAAGAAAAAAUCGACUGCUCUUCCCAUGGGUCAGAACCACUCGGUAACGAGGAAUCUACAACGGAUGCAGAUGAACAAUCACCCCAAUUGAACGUUUCAAUACCUGAUCCUGCUUCCAACCUAAACGUCCUGGAGCCUGCCGAUGACGGGACCCCCAAAACGUCGUCCGAUGUGUCUUUGGGUAUUUCGCCUAGAAGUUCAACAGAAUCGAAUAAGCCUGCAGUUCCUAAGAAGCCGUCUUCUAAAAUUGCAGCCUUUCAGCAAAUGCUCGCUCAAAGACAGCAACAAGAUAUGGGGAUGUUUAAGCCAAAACCUCCUCUUCCAACAAAGAGACCUUCACAAGCAGCUGAUGAUUCAGAGCCUUCUGACCCCGGCUCUCAGCAUGCAAGAAAGCCUUUAGUGGGAUUUCCGUUACCUGGUAUGGCAUUUCCUGGAAUUUCCGUGCCAGGAAUGCCUUUCGCAAAGCCUGAGAAUGAUGAUGCUACUGAUCACGUUACAGAUGUGAGGAAAGAAAGGGCCAAAGGGCCUAGAGGGCGCAAACUACCAUCUCGUGUGAAAGACAGCAUAGAAGUCAAUGACGAGACACUUGGAAAUAAGCUCAAUAUCCUUGUGACAACGUCGUGGGGUAUCGACUUGAGGAAGCUUGUAAAAUCGGAUGAUGAGCUACGAAAUCAUCCUCUGCUUCCGGUUGACGAAGUUAAAGACAGUGAUGGCUCAUCAACUGAAGCUGAAGAAACAGGAAAUUUAGAGGAAGAGCAACACGAGAACAUUGUUCACGACGAAUAUACUGAAGAUGUGAACGAAGGUAGGCCAGAUCUUGAAGUUGAGGAUGUGGGUAUCAGAACCUCAAAAGAGCCCGCUUCUCCAUCUCUUGUGGAAGUGGACCCAAAGAAUGAUGUUCAUGAUCUCAAAUUGGAAGGACUUGCACCAAUCACGUCGAAGUCUCAAGACUCUGAGUAUUCUCUCGAAAAAAAUUGAGUUUCAGUUUUUGGGCUGCAUAUCAUGGAAUCUUCCAAAUCUGACAAUUUCGGUAUUUUUAUGCAAGUUCAGUAAAUAAAUAAAUAAAUAGUUUCGUUG